CCCUGAUUAGGCUCCAGCUCGCACUUCCAUAGACGAAUAGAGGAGAGAAGAGUUAAUUGGUCUAUUUUAGCGCCUGUGGGCAGCCUGAUUGUUACUCAAUCAGUAACCAAACAUGCGGACCCCAGUUGCACCGCUAUUGCAUCUUCUCUCUGAGUCAGUACUGGUCUCAAAUAUCGUCACUCUCUCUUACGUUUCAUAAGUUUGGGCUUCAGAGUCUCCAAAACACGCACCUGAUUCACCAGAACGCAGGCACUAGGACCCGCUCACGUGAGCCCUCGCGCCUUGGCCAACGGAGCAGCAUCGGCAGCAGCAGUGCGAGGGGAACAAUAAGCGCUCCGUCAGUGGAGUUCAGCGGAACGCAGAGGAAUGGAAACGCGGGAUGACGGCUUGUGAAUGGAGUCUAGGGCUCGCACCAGUCAGACAAAAACGGGACGCCAUUCUUCCUCGCGCACACUGAGAACCAUUAUGCACCAGUGGAGCGAUCUGGGUCAGACACACACACACUUACUCGUGCGCGCACACACCAAGGAUAGUAGAAGAUAAACACAGCACCAGGCUGGCGCUGCUUCGCAUUUUCCCUUGUUGGAUGAGGUGCGCACCUUCACUUCCGUGAAGCAUGGCAUACAGGCGAGCGCAUUCCGGUACUUAAAACAAAACAAUCACAGACAUUCACAUAAUACUGACAGCAGCAGCUUUGGCGUAUAUGGAACCAGCUUAAUGGACAAAGUGCACCCAACCUACAGUGGUUAAAACCAGCUCUACGGUGCGCCGUUGGAUGGAAUGGUGGAAAAUAACAAAGAAAAAUCAACGGCCCCGAGAGACGGCUCAGAGGGACCUACGGCACCGAGAGCCACGCGGUGAUUGAAGUCAAAGGCCAGGGGAGUUCAAUGUGAGCAGCUUGGUUAUCAGUCGUUCAUUCAAGUUUUGUUGUUUUUUUAACAGGCCUUAAAGAUAAUUCGCAUCCGUGGUGUCACGCGCUUCUGUGGUUUAUAUAUUUGAGCUGUCAGAGGGAGCGCGAGCAAAGGACAUUCGUUAUCAGUUGACCUGGAGAGCAGGUGCUUGAAGCACCGAGGUCCCAGCGCGGUACGUGAAUGCAGGAGCAUGCGGGAGAGAGGCAGGGCGCGAGCGGCGCCCAGGUAUCUGUGCCCACGGCCACGGCAGGGCAGGUUGGGGUGGUGGGCGGAGCCCUUCUGGAAGACAUGCAGGCGCUGUCACUCACUACAGUCUCCGCCUCCGAGCUGCAGCAGCGCUACCAGCUGAUUGGAUCGUUGGGGAAGGGCACUUACGGCCGCGUGGACCUAGUGGCGCUCCGAGGUCAAGGCACCAAGCUGGCCCUGAAGUACGUGAACAAGGGGAAGACACGUCUGCGCUCCUUCCUGCGAGAGUACAGCCUGAACGCCGCCCUCAGCUCCAGCCCCUUCAUCGUGCAGGCGCUCGACGUGCUCUUCGAGACCGAUGACAGCUAUGUGUUCGGACAGGAGUACGCGCCCGCCGGGGACCUGUUUGACAUCAUCCCCCCACAGGCGGGUCUUCCUGAGGACAUGGUGAAGCGGUGCGUGCAGCAGCUGGGCCUGGCUCUGGACUUCAUGCACUCACGCUUGCUGGUGCACCGCGACGUGAAGCCCGAAAACGUUCUGCUGUUCGACCGCGAGUGCCGGCGCGUCAAGCUGGCUGACCUGGGCAUGACGCGGCGCGUGGGCAGCCGCGUGCGCAAGGUCAGCGGCACCAUCCCCUACACGGCCGCCGAGGUGUGCCAGUCGUCGGGUUCAGAGGGCAUCGUCGUGGCGCCGGCGCAGGAUGCGUGGGCGUUCGGCGUCCUCACGUUCUGCAUGUUGACGGGCAACUUCCCCUGGGAGGCGGCGCUGCCCGCGGACGCAUUUUAUGCCGAGUUCCUGCGCUGGCAGCAAGCCGGGUGCCCAACAGGCACCGUGCCCUCGCAGUGGCGGCGCUUCUCCGACGAGGCUCUGCGCAUGUUUGGUCGCCUUCUGGCCGCCGACCCGGACCGCCGCUGCAGCGUCAAGGACGUCUUCUACUUCCUGAAGUACGAGCUUCUCACCCACCACCGCCGGCGCGCUACCUGUCGGGCGGGGCCCACUUCCUCCUCACGCUCCGCCCAUAGGCACGCAGAGCCCUCCCCACCUCCUGGGACUUCCUGCCUACGCCCCGCCCCCCUCAAACGUAGCAUCCUAUCAGAGCCGCACUCUUCCAGGGAGGACGCGUCUAAAAGCCCCUCCCCUAACCGCAAGGACAAGAGCAAGAUGAUGAUGACCACGCCCAUCGAGAUCUGUGUGUGAGGCCCCGCCCUCCUUUAACUCUUCCAGCCUAUCAGAAUACAGAUCACACCCCAGCAGACUAGCAUCCAGCAGGCACCGGCAACAAGAAUGACACACAUUAGCACACACGCACAUACACACACUCUGUUCCCCUCUCUCAAUUAAGAAACACACACACUAUCAACUCUACCCCAAACACACUCAUUUUGUGCCACGGCACUGCCUCAUGCCAGAAAAG